AUCGCCGAGAGCGGCCAGCCCGGGCUGUUCAGGCUGUGGGCAGUGAUUGGCAGCGACCUGCACUGCAUCCGGCUCAGCGUCCCACGCCUCUUCUACGUCAACCAGCGCGUGCCCAAGCCCGAGGAGGGGGUAGCCUACAGGAAGGUGAACAGGAUCCUGCCCCGCUCCAACCUGGUCUACAACCUGUACGAGUACUCUGUGCCCGAGGAGCUGUACCAGGAGCACAUCAACGAAAUCAACGCGGACCUCGCUGCCCCCGACAUCGAGGGGGUGUAUGAGACCCAGGUGCCGCUCCUCCUCCGUGCCCUGAUCCACCUGGGCUGUGUGUGCAUGGUCAGCAGGCCGCUUGUCAGGCACUUGGCAGGGCACGAGGCCGAAACCUUUGACAUUGAGCACCUGGAGAUGCGCUCCCUGGCCCAGUUCACUUACCUGGAGCCAGGAAGUAUUCGCCACAUCUACCUCUACCACAGCUCCCAGGGCAGCAGGGCACUCCUGGGCCUCUUCGUCCCCUCCCAGCGCAAAGCUGCUGUCUUCGUGCUGGACAAGGUACGCAGCAACCAGAUGCCAAAUCUCACCAGCCUGUUCGCGGCGGAGCGCAGUGCCCUGCUGGGCAGGGCUGGCGAGGAGCUGCUGCCCCCCGACGGGCACACCUUCGAGGUGCGUGCCGAGACGGACCCCAAGGCUGUCUACAGAGCCGUCCAGCGGCUGCUGCUGGGCUACAAGGACGAGCGCCGGGGCCCCACGCUGGUCGCCGUGCAGUCGAACUGGGAGCUGAAGCGGCUGGUCAGUGGGAUCCCCAUCCUUGAGGAGUUCCCCUUGGUGCCCAUCCGGGUAGUCGAUGACAUCAGCUACUCGGUCCUGGACUGGCAGCGCCACGCCGCCCGCCGCAUGAUCCGCCACUACCUCAACCUGGACACCUGCCUCUCCCAGGCCUUCGAGAUGAGCAGGUACUACCACAUCCCCGUUGGGAACCUCCCCGACGACAUCUCCACCUUCGGCUCUGACCUGUUCUUCUCGCGCCACCUCCGGCGCCACAACCACUUGCUGUGGCUCUCGCCCACUGCCCGCCCGGACCUGGGGGGCAAGGAGGCCGACGACAACCGCCUGGUCAUGGAGUUCGACGAGAGGGCCUCCGUGGAGAUCAACAACCCCGGCUGCUACUCCACGGUGUGCCUGGAGCUGGACAUCCAAAGCCUGGCUGUGAACACGGUGUUGCAGUCCCACCACAUAAACGACAUGGAAGGAGGCUCCAGCAUGAGCAUCAGCUUUGAUGUGAUUCAGCAGGCAUCUUUAGAAGACAUGGUGACAGGGAACCAAGCUGCCAACAUCCCAGCCAGCUAUGAUGAAACUGCCCUCUGCUCCAACACUUUCAGGAUCCUGAAGAGCAUGGUGGUGAGCUGGGUGAAGGAGAUCACGCAGUAUCACAACGUCUACGCAGACAACCAGGUCAUCCACUUCUACCGCUGGCUGCGCUCGCCCUCCUCCCUGCUCUACGACCCGGCUCUGCACCGCAUGCUCCACAACAUGAUGAAGAAGCUCUUCCUGCAGCUGGUGGCCGAGUUCAGGCGUCUGGGCUCCUCGGUGGUUUAUGCCAACUUCAACCGCAUCAUCCUCUGCACCAAGAAGCGGCGCCUGGAGGACGCCCUCAGCUACAUGGAGUACAUCGUCAGCAGCAUCCACUCCAAGGAGAUCUUCCACUCUCUGACCAUCUCCUUCUCGCGCUGCUGGGAGUUCCUGCUCUGGAUGGAUCCAGCAAAUUACGGAGGUAUCAAGGGAAAAGUGGAUUCUCGCAUCCACUAUGGGGAGAAGGACACUGGCAAGAGGAAAGUGUUGGAGGAGGACAGCGAGGAAGAGGAGGAGGCAGCGGCAGGGGAGGAGGAGGAGGAAGGGGAACCAAAUGUGGAGGAGCUGCUGGAGAACAAUUGGAACAUUGCACAGUUCCUGCCCCAGGCUGCCUCGUGCCAGAGCUACUUCCUGAUGAUCGUGUCAGCCUACAUCGUGGCCGUGUACCACAGCAUGAAGGAGGAGCUGCGGCGCAACGCCCCCGGCAGCACCCCCGUGAAGAGAAGGAGCACCAGCCAGGUGUCCCAGGAGGCCCUGGGGGACACGGCCAUGCCCGGCAUGAUCACCUUCUCACAGGAUUAUGUGGCCAAUGAGCUCACACAGAGCUUCUUCACCAUCACCCAGAAGAUCCAGAAGAAGAUGGCUGGUUCUCGUAAUGCUGCUGAGCCUUCAGACAUGUUCCCAGUGCUGCCUGGCUCCUACUUGCCACUCAACAACCCGGCUCUGGAGUUCAUCAAAUAUGUUUGCAAGGUCCUCUCGCUGGACUCCAACAUAACCAACCAGGUGAACAAGUUGCGCCGGGACCUGCUGCGGCUCAUCGAGGUGGGCGAGUUCUCGGAAGCAGCCCAGUUUCGGGACCCCUGCCGCUCCUACGUUCUGCCUGAAGUCAUCUGCAGACACUGCAACUUCUGCAGGGACCUGGACCUGUGCAAGGACCCUGCCAUCUCCCAGGACGGGUCAGUGCUGCCCAGAUGGGUCUGCUCCAACUGCCAGGCACAGUAUGACUCGGAUGCCAUCGAAGCAGCGCUGGUGGAAGCCCUGCAGAAGAAGCUGAUGGCCUUUGUGCUGCAGGACCUGGUGUGCAAGAAAUGUCAUGGUGUGAAGGAGAAGCACAUGCCUGUGUACUGCAGCUGUGCUGGAGACUUUGCCCUCACCAUCUCCUCCCAGACCUUCCUGGACCACGUCAACAUCUUCCAGAGCAUCGCCCAGCACUACGGCAUGGCCUACCUGCUGGAGACCAUCGAGUGGCUGCUGCGCACCAAGGCCCAGCUCUGGCAGUGA